GGAUGAAGAAAACGGAAGAGAUAUUGGAAAACAAAAUCAAAUCCAAAACCAAAGCUUGAGGACGGCAACGCAACCCAAUGGAGCCCCAGAUUUAAAGCCCACCGAGAGGAGGCGGCGUCGCUGACACCCGCAGUCCUAUAUCCCCAAUCCCAUCAUUUACCCGCUUACCAUGCGGCGAGGCAGAGUCUCAACAACUACAAGACCCAGCGCAGAUCCGCCGGCCCUCCAAUCAGCAGCCAACGAAAUCAGAUACCGAGGAGUCCGCAAACGUCCCUGGGGCCGAUUUGCAGCUGAGAUCAGAGACCCAUUGAAGAAAACCCGCGUCUGGCUUGGCACUUUCGAUUCCGCCGAAGAUGCGGCUCGCGCCUACGAUGCUGCCGCUCGCUCCCUUCGCGGCCCCAAGGCCAAGACCAAUUUCCCUUUAAUCUCUCCCUAUCCACCGCAUCAGAUCCCCGAUCAGUCGAUUUCAAAGUUUGAAUCUGUCCAUGUUAACCGGCCGACGUCGAGCAGCUUGAGUUCCACCGUAGAAUCGUUCAGUGGACCCAGGGUUUCGAAGCCCAGUCCUGUGGCGGCAUCCCGAGUCACUCCGAGGCGGCCAUUGCAGCCUGAUGAUUGCCGUAGUGAUUGUGAUUCUUCCUCUUCUGUUGUGGACGAUGAUGAUUGUUGCAUCAUCUCUUCUUCGUUCCGUAAGGCCUUGCCCUUUGAUCUGAACCUGCCGCCUCCGAUGGAGGAUCUAGAUUUUCCUGGUGAUGAUCUCCACGAGACGGCUUUGUGCCUCUGAUUGUUGGACAUGGAUUUUAAUUAUCUCCCUUUUUAGUUGAAUUCCGUUCAAAUCCUUUGUUUCUCUUUUCUCGGAUGGAAUUUUCAUGGGAAAAUGAUAAAAAAAAAAAUGGAAAAGAAGGAAACUUUGUGGGUUGAUGGAGAGGGUUUGGUUGCAAUUUGCACCUUGCUAUACUAUAUUAUAUUAGAUUUGUUAUGUUGGUCGAUUUUGCAAUCUGGGUUUCUUCAACCUGAGGAGCUUUGAUUUUAUUGUUUGUGGAAGGUAUAUAUGAUCUGGGGUUGCAUCUCCAGAUCUGGUCAUGGUUUCCCCUCUCUUUUCUCAUUUUCCUUUGUACAAAGUAUUCUGUGAGUUAAAACAAUAAUAAAUAGUUUUAGAAUUG